GAAAAACUUCAAACAUCGACAUGUCUUCAGAUUACGACACCACGCCUCAAACAGACAAUAACAGAGCCGUACCACACUCAGUACGAACUGAACUUGUAUGUUUAACAAUUGUGUAUAUUCAGUUGGUGUGAAUGAAAUAAGAAAAACUGCUCUGAGUCUUUCUUGCCUCCUGAGACUUUAAAGAAUUAUUGAAGGAAUCCUGAGACUACAAGAAACCAGAGAAUCUACGAAUCUACAAACAAUAAUAAAUAGACACAAAGCAAAUAACAAUAAAGUUCUUUACACUGGCAAAGUAAUAAUAGACUACUUUACAUAGGAGGACUACAAAUAAAUAAAAGAACGUAACAAUAAACAAAUAUAUUACAUUGGUGCGCAGUUGAAAAGGAUCCGAAGAAAAACGUAGACAAGUGAAGUGCGAGACGUACAAGAAUUACAGACAGCAAGGCGUAUUGACAAAACAGAGCUCAAGAAUUUCAAAACAACCGCGAGUCACAACUCGUGAAGUGAAAACAAAGGCGAAUCAUAACAUGUGAACGGCGAGGCACAUCGACGAAAACAUUCCCACUUACAGAAACUGACAACAAGCAGCGGGUAGUGGAAAUAGAAUUUAUAAACAUUAUCACUUAGAAAACCCAUGGCUAAUAAAUAAUAUUCCCCGAAGUGAAAAGAAAAACAUUGUACAUAAGAAGGUAAACGUGGAGAUGGGAUAAUCAGUGGCAAUUAGCGAGUUCCAGUGUUGGUCGCGGAAGGGGAAAAGUGAAGCAUUCAAGAGAAUUCAGUGAUAACAAACUACAGUUAAAACCAACGACACAACAGUAAGGUAAUUACAGCUGCCAUGACGCUGUCAGAGAUGUCUUUCGCUUUAGUGCUGCUAAAGGCCCUGGUGGCCUUGGCACAAGAACAUCAGGGUCAUGUUCACGAUUUCCAAAUAAAUGAGCAACAGGCACAAUUUCAGCACCAAGAACAUGUUAAUCAACACCAGGAGCAGGUUCAUCAUCACCAAGAACAAGCACACCAACACCAAGAGCAGGUUUUUCAACAACAAGAACAGAUAAUCCAACAAGAGCCACAGCCUCCCCAGGAGCAAGUCCAUCUCCACGAACAGGUUCAUCUCCAUCAAGAACAUGUACAUCAACACCAAGAUCAGGUACACCAACAACAAGAACAAGUGCAACAAAAUCUAGAAGGGACGCAGGACAAUCUAGUACAGGCGCCUCAGCAACAUGAACAGGUACAUCAUUCCGAAGUCCCCCACCAACCCGAGGCAAAUAUUGAGGGACAGAACCCUCAAAAAGGCCAGCUUUUGAAGUUCAGUGAGCAUGACCUCCAGCAUCACUUGUACGAGGAGACCUACCUAGACUCCUCCGGGAUGUCUGAAUCCGAGAAACAAUACCACUUCUUCGUUGCUCACGACUAUGACAACGACUGGGAACUUGAUGGAACUGAAAUCAUGCAGUCCCUCUAUCACGGCGCGGAUGAGGAGCAGCAGGUUAUCCCAGAGGAAGAUCUGGCUUUCAAGAUUGAUUUCCUUCUGAAGGAGUUCGAUUUCAACCAAAAUGGGAAGCUGGACUUUCCUGAGUUUAUGGCGUCCUCGGCAAGAUUUCAGUAGUGAAAAUUGUAUCACUCACUCCCUACACGCAAUGCUGGAGGAAUGUAUGUACAUACAAGGCAAUGGCCUUUUAGGAUAUCAUCAGCAUUACACGUGGCCAGCUUCUGUUUUUAUCAUGUAAUUUUAAAACUACUUAAGAGGGUGAUAACACGAUAAAAGAGACAUUUGCCUUCAAGCCAAAGACGAGAUUUGCAGCAAAUGUCAGGGACUGGGCAGCUGGAUUCUCGCGCGUUUCUCUGACUAAGUCCUGAAUGGUUAGUUAACCUUCAGAAAAGAAACUUCUGUCGAGUAGCCAUGAGACCUGAGGGGAAUGCAGAUGGACCAGAAACUGUUUUUGCCACCGACGCAUUUCAUUUGAUCCAAAUUAUUAUUACUACAUUUUGAUGCUUUUAUUAUUUGAGCUACUGCAAAAUAAUUGCAAAUUAUACUUACUUGUAACAGUAAGGGGCUGUUUUUUUCUAAAGAUUCUGACUUCCCUGCAACAUAAGAGCAAUUAUUUUGAUAUCCGUUUCCCAUCGCUGUUUCCCAGUAUUUGUGUCACAAUGAAUGAAGGGUGAAAGUUUGUUCUUGUUGGAGCUGCAUAUUUUUUUCAAUAAUUUCCAUUUCAAGUAAAUAUUAAGUUGUUAAAAAUAAAUAUUAUAAAUACUAUCCUUUUUCUAUCU